AUGAUCAAUAAGGUUAUCUGUAAAGUUCUCUCAAAUAGACUCAAGAAAGUGUUGGGUUCAGUUAUUUCUUCUAAUCAAACAGCCUUUUUGGGAGAGAGGAACAUCAUUGAUGGACCUCUCAUUCUCAACGAGGUGAUGCCGUGGGCUAGAAAAAAGAACAAGAAGAUGUUUGCUUUCAAAAUUGAUUUCGAGAAGGCGUAUGAUAAUGUCAAUUGGAAGUUCUUGAUUUCGGUUAUGGAGUGGAUGGGAUUCCUGUCCAAAUGGUGUAAGUGGAUCUAUGGUAUCCUCGAAUCCGCUAGAGCUGUUGUCCUCGUGAAUGGGUCUCCCACCUUCGAGUUUCAAUGUCACAAAGGUCUGAAAAUCCACUUUGGUAAAUCUAGUUUGUAUGGGGUGGGAGUGGAUAAUAGCGAGUUGGUGGAGAUGGCAAAAGUUGUUAAUUGUGAAGCUGGUCGUUUCCCAUUUACGUAUCUUGGGGUGACGAUUGGUGCUAAUAUGAAUCGGCUUGCUAAUUGGCGUUUCCUUUUUGAUAUCUUUGAAGCAAGGCUUUCUAGGUGGAAAGCUUCUAGUCUUUCCUUGGCAGGUAGGGUGACUAUUAUUAAAUCAGUGAUGGAGUGCAUCCCGACUUAUUUCUUCUCUAUAUUCAAAGCACCGGCGGGAGUCAUUGAAGGGCUCGAAUCUAUCAUGAGAAAGUUCUUAUGGGGCAGCUCGGAGGAUGGUAGGAAAGUUCACUGGGUAUCAUGGGACAAAGUGGCUUCCCCACGUAACAGGGGAGGUCUGGGUAUUAGUAAGCUUAAGGAAACCAAUGUAGCUCUCCUUAGCAAAUGGGUUUGGAGAUUUAAGGCCAAAACUAACAGCCUCUGGAGGAGAGUCAUCGCCGCGAUCCAUGACACUAAGAGGGGCUGGUCUAUUGUUCCCUACAACAAAUACAUCCCAGGUAUUAAUGGCCCUGAUAGGUGGGUUUGGUUGGGAUGGGAUGUUGGGGUGCUGACUGUUAAAGGUGUGAAGGACUUUCUCAGAAGCAAUGUCGAUUACGGGGAUAGUUAUGUCUUCAAGUGGUGUAAGUGGGUUCCUAGGAAAUGUAACCUUUUCAUGUGGAGAGCUCUGUUGUAUCGCAUCCCCACCAUGAAGGCUCUGUCGGAUUGGAAGUGUAUCCACGCGGGUAGCACUGUCCUGGACUGUGUGUUUUGUGGAGAAAGUAUGGAAACUGUCGAUCAUCGUUUUUGUGAAUGUGUGGUUGCAGCUAAGGUGUGGCAUAUGGUUCAAGGCUGGUGUAAAACGGAUCCUUUCUUCGUGUUCAAGCUUAAGGAUCUCAUGGACAUUCAUGAGAGGUCGAGAAAGUCCAAAGAGGAGAAAGAGGCUCUUAAGGGAAUCAUUCUGAUCGGGUGUUGGAGCAUAUGGAAAGCGAGGAAUGAAAUCAAGUUCGAGAAUGCUUCCCUCAAUAUCAACAAUCUCCUACAAGGCAUUAGAUCGAUUGGAUGCAUUCACACUCUUCCUUCCGAUCCCCUUUCCCCUGACUUUACUAAAGAAGCAGAUGAUAUGCGGGCAUUGUUACUCAGAGGAUAUGAGGUAAUUGGAGCUUUGAUUGUUGGUGCAGCAACCUACUCGAAUGUCAACGCCUGUGGUCGAGAUGCCAUAGAUACCUCAAGUCGAUGA